AUGGGUAUUGACAUCAAUCACAAGCAUGACCGCAAGGUCCGCCGUACUGCCCCAAAGAGUGAGGAUCCAUACCUCCGUAUCUUGGGAAAACUUUACGGAUAUUUGGCCAAGCGUACCGGCUCUAACUUUGACAAGAUUGUCCAAAAGAGAAUCUUCAUGGCUAGACGCUUCCGCGCUCCAAUUUCCCUUUCUCGAGUCAGCCGAAUCUUGAAGCAGGGUGAGAACAGUAAGAAGAUCGUUGUUACUUUGAGCCCUGUUACUGAUGAUAACCGUCUCUACGAGGUUCCAAAGCUCACUUUGGCUGCUCUCAAGGUCACAGCUCCCGCUCGUGCUCGUAUCCUUAAGGCCGGAGGAGAAAUCAUUACUCUUGACCAACUCGCUCUUCGUGCCCCAAGAGGAGAGAACACCCUCCUCAUCCAAGGACCCCGUAAAGCUCGUGAGGCUGAGAAGCACUUCGGACCCGCUCCAGGAGUACCACACAGUCACACUAAGCCAUACGUCAGAUCUAAGGGAAGAAAGUUCGAGAGAGCUCGUGGACGCAGAGCCAGCAGGGGUUACAAGAACUAA